AUGGUUAAAAGUGUCCAGAAUAUUUUAGAAUCAUUUGUUCCAGAACUAAAAGGAUAUAAAGAUCGUUCUGUAUUUAAUUCGAAUGAAAUACAUAACAUUGUUGAGAAACGUAGACAUUUUGAACUUAAAAUGUUAAGAAGACUUAAAAAGAUAACAGAUUUUGUUGCUUAUAUCAAAUCAGAAGAAAAGAUUAGAAAAUUGAGAAAUAAAAGAAUAAUUAAAGUUGGAACAAACACAAUACAAAGUGAUUUUAUACUUGAAAGAAAUAUUUUAUCAAUUUACAUAAGAGCAAUGAGACUCUUUGAAGAAACUUCUUUAAUUAAGUCAUUUGUUGAUUUUUGUAUUUCAACAGGAUUUGAAUCAGAAAUGAAGAGAAUUUUGAAUGAAAAAUGUAUGAAGAAACCAAAUGAUAGAGAUUUGUGGAUAUUUGCAGCAAAAAAAUGUUCUGAUAUAAAUGAUAUUGAAUUAGCUAGAGAAUUUUUUAUUAAGGCAAUAUCAUUAUGUGAUGAUAAAGAACAUCGUAUUUAUAUUGAAUUCUUCCGUGUAGAAGUAAAUUACAUGAAAACAUUAAUUAAGUUUAAUAAAGAUAUGGGGAUUAAGGAGUGUGAUUAUGGUGAGGUUGAAAAGGGUAAUGUUGCUCUAGCUGUGUUGGAGGAGUUUAUUGAUAAAGUUACAGAAUUAGAUUUAAAAGAACUAGCUGUUAUUGCAAAGAAUUUUUCUAAAAUCAAAUCAGUUAUUGAAGAAAAACUUAAAAACGAAUAA